UAAAUUUCUCAUGUUUUUUAAAUUAAUUUCUCCUUCCCAGGAUACUGAGAUGCUUGAAUGCUGAUAGAAAAGUCAGAGAUAUCUGCAUUUCAUCAACCUAGACUUUUGGCGCUGUGUGAGUAAGAACCUGAAUAAGGUGUGACGUCAGAGAAAUGUAACAAAUCAGCCCUCAGAGACGAUCAACACUGACUUCCGGAUGUCAGAGUCUUAGCCGUCCAAGGUAGCCCUUCUAAGUGGGGGUUUUCCUUUGCCAUGAUCGAGACAGAGUUUACUGAGGUCGAGAGACCUCCAAUUCAAACCAUGGAGCCAGGGAUGGGGGCUAUCGCCCAAAAUACUCAGUGCUCUGCUCAAACCGAUUCAUGCAGUACUGACUAUGGACAUUUGGCCCCAUCACAGCCUGAUUCCUUAAAUAAUGUAUCUACGGUUUUGAACUCAAGUUUGCCUUCAGCAGAAGACAUUGAAGUUGGACAAGAGACCAUAGCAGCUGGAAAAUCUUACGCUGGAUCUCCAAACAACAGAACAAAAGGGGUUUUACCUUACAGUUCUAAGCCCCCAAAAUCCUGUCCUAAAUCAAGCUCGAGUCCUGAGAGAUCACGGCGUUAUGUCCGGUCUGGCAUGACGCCCCGAGCUAACGACUUGUGCCUCAACCGCAUCCAGAGACGACCCGCCUCUGCUCACGGAGGUCAGCCUAGCAGGCAUAAAAUUGAGUCCACGUACGAUGCAAAGACUCACCAGGACACUGGUGUUCAUGUCCAGCGAGUAGAUUGUUCUCCUGGAGACUACUCGAGCAUUGGCAACGUUUCAGGGUAUCUUACCACCGAAGUGGUAUCCGGGAGUCACCCUAGAAAGACGUCUACCCAAUUCAGAGAACUGGACGCCCGAGCACGACGUUGGAGAAGUUCUGAAAAACUUGACUUCUCACCCAGGACAAGAAGACAAAGUUUUUCCUCGCCUUCAUCCGACGAUUCUAGCAAGGGUGAAAUCGAAAGGAGGGAUGCGCUUCCAGAAAUCACUGAUAGGGCAUGCUCUGAAGUAUCAUGUGUACCUUAUUGUGAAGUUUCAAGAAGUUUCCAAGACGAAAACUCUCCAGAUUUGUCGUAUGAUUCGAGUCCAAGGUCGGACCGAUCUCGAAGAGAUUCAGUUGCGGAUGCGAGAAAAAUUGUGCAAUCAGAUGAUGAGGAAGAAUCAUCAACCAUAGCUGCCCACGUCUUUCAACGGUACGUAACAAGUGACCCUUUUGUGGUUCACACAGAAGAUAUCCCGACUGAUAGUGAAGGCAAAAUUACGUCCAUAACCCAAACUAUUCACAGUCCGGAAUCAGUUCUCGAAAAAGAUGACGUCACCGAGCACCAGGAGAUUGAACCCUCAGCUGAUGUAAAAAGUGCUUGGUCUGAGGAGACUAUUGUUGAAAGUAGACAUAGCAAAAUCAUAGACUACUGGGCCACAACCAGUCAGGUUAAAAGAAGAACCCAGAGCGUGCCAAAAAGUAAAUCAACAUGGAGAUUACAAGCUGCCAAGGCAAGGGAAUCUAUCGCUAGUCUGCUAAGUUUCACAAAACCAAGAGAGAAGGAUUCUUCUCGAGCGCUAUUUGAAGGUAAUGCUACAAACCACUCCUCUCUGUGCAGGAGUUCUCCCUGUCUCAAUCACAUAAAAGGCCAUGGGGAGCUUGACUUAGCUGUAUCACCCGAAGCUCAGGAAAACGUAAAUAAAAGAAACGCCCAUGCCACACGUAUAGGAAGUUUAUCAAAACUGAAGCAAACACAUACAAGUUCUCCUGAGCUAUUCGGCCAUGGCAGUGGGACGGAUAUCCAGCAAGACAAUCUCGCAAACUCUACUUCCUCACAAUCUUCGUUCAGAGAGGAGAACAUUACAGAUUCUCCCAUAUCUGGCUCCGGAGUUCUAAAUGACACUGUUCGUUCUUUAUCCCAGGGACACGAUGAGCUUCAUUUUAGAAUUUCUUCUAAAAACCCUGAUAGUGGUGAUGAUACAUCUCUCGAUGAUGUUUUUGCUCCAAGUAGCAUUUCGUCAUCUCUGCAGAAUGUUUCUUCCACUUCGAACAUCCAAACCAGUUAUGAGCGAGACCAAGCGAAACCGGUCGGUCCUAUCCUAUCCUCAGUUGCGCUUGAGCAGGAAUCGAAAACGUAUAUUCAGACAUCAAUAGGUGAUGAGGAUGUUGUUGUCUCUUCUGAAGAGCUAGAUGAAGCCGUUUCACAUUCUGAACCCGAAAACAGCAGUGCAAUACCAGCAAUAAACAUUGUAUGUUCUGAAGAUCCUUCUUCCAUAGACUCUACAGACAAUGAUUUUAUUGCAAAGAAGAACAUUAUCCCUGAGUGCCCUGGACUAAGUCGAUCAUCACACACCUUUUCAGCAAGCGUUAAGAGAACUUUGAGUUCAGUCCGCAAACAUCUCGAUAGUAAGAAAGUCACAAGACAGGCAAAUGGCAAUAGCGCCUCCCUUGAGAGCGGGUCAAGUUCACCUGAAACUGUCACAGAAACGGACGACAUUACUAGUGUACAGUCUCUACCUAAUGAAACACCUGAUAUCACAAAUUCAGCAAUAGGUAACAGCAACUCUGAUUCGUUGAUAGAGAAGGAGGUGCCCCUGGUGCUUGCAGAGCCUGGCAUGACUAGCACUAACGACGAGUUCAGCAACUGUGGAAUACCAACAAAACCUGUUUUACACAAGUUUAAGACUACUGUUUAUGAUUCUGAGAAAACACACGACGGAGAUUUGGUGGAGGUAGAAGAAAAUGAAUCCAUCUUGGAGACACAAAAGGCCUUUGACCUCGAUAUUUCUGGUGGCUCAAGAAACACCGAAACGUGUGCAACAAAAGAAUCUUUUGAACAACAAACACUUCUCGCGGGUGAUCAUGACGCCAAUAUCUCGCCUCAAGUGAUGGUUGAUAAAGAAACAUUGGAAACAGUUGAUAAUGACGAGGUAUGUAGCCCUUGUGAAGAAAAUCAGAACUAUGAAGAAAACAAAGAGCACUUGCAUCCACCUGGGCGUCAAAGAAGUGACUCGAUUAGUUCCAUCGAUUCUGAGUUCAGCAUCAAGUCAUCUCGGAGUGAGGCAAAGGGUAGGCGAGAAAAAUCAAGGCGAGUCCAAAGUCUUUUGUGUAAUGAACUGUUCAAAAAGCAUCUAGCCAAACACGCAGGCAUCCUAGAGAGGAGAGUUUUUGGCUCUCACAAAAGGGGAAUGAGAAAAUCUCUGUCCAAUUUCGACCUCAGCACCACGCAAUCACUUGAUAUGGGAAACGUUGUGAACGAGCUACUCAGUGGGAACGACAUCAACAACAACAGCGACCACAACAAUGAUGAAAACAGUGAAGCAAAGCACAUCGGCGAUGACCAUCAGUCUGCUCGCAGGACCUCAAUAUCACGGAGUGUGUCAUUAUAUGACCGACAUAACAGUAUACAAGUUUCUAGCAGUUGCCAGGAGUUUGCCUCCCACAGACCACGCCAUGGAAAUCGAGUGUUAAAAAAAGCAGCGACGUCCAUGAGCUUAAGAGGCAAACCAUCAAAUGUAGAAUCAGAGGCUCCUGAACACUCUGAAGAAACAAACCAAACGCCAGCGGGUGCAACAGACUCUCCACAUCAGCGACGAAGAAUGUACAUUCCGAGUUUUAGAGAGUUUAAAAGUCAACGAACCCCGAGGGAUUCUUCCCAAGGCAAAGACAGCGAAUCAUCUGAACGAGAGAUGGCCCCUGAUCAUUUCAGCGAUAUCUACGUUAUUGAAGAAGAUGAUGUUGACUGUAAAGUGAUAACCUCUCCUACUUUGGAACUAUCUGCAACGACGAUUUCCGACAUGUGCAGUGGAGACCAACUUAUGGUAGAUGACACGACACAAAACAAGAUUCCUGUUUUCCAACAUCCAGACAUCACCAUCACACCUGAUGACGUGCCCUUCUUCGCUGCACUCGACACAAGCAAACUGCCUCUCCACCGAUCUAAGUCGUCAACAGGCAUGAAAGCUGCUCUCCUCAAAGAGGAUACUUUUACGUCCAGUCAUGCUAGUAGCAGUCCCGACCUUACAGCAUUGCAAAAGCCGCAGUCUUUGGCACUCGGCAAAUUUAGUGAAAGUUCAACUAGGGAACCACCCAUGGGUCCAAGUUCCAAAAGCUGCAGAGAUCUUUCAAGCAAAACAGAAAAAACGCCAAAUACCCAGAUUCCCAUCGACCAUCCCGCUAUUGUCAAACCUAUUGAUAUCACCGAAGCUUUGUUGGAAGAAAAGAGCCAGUCGGUUCUUGCAAGGCCAGUUCUGUACAGACGCUCGGUGUCGUUAAACGUUUUGAACAAGUCAAAACCACACACUCUGAAUUGUGGACACAGCACUCCGGAAACAAACUCUAGUCGGGACUGUCAUGAAAACACCACAAAAUGUUCUUCUCAAAAUAGCCAGAACGAAAGCAGUCAGCCGGGUAACGAAGUACCCAAUUUUCCACCUCCUAACGAAACUGCUGCCAAUGUGCCCUCUAUAGUUACUGGACCUCAAGGAGAUAGAGAAGCAGACAUGUUUGACAGUGAAGAAUUGGACUCUGCCUCUCAACAUUCGAGCUUUGCCCUCGGCGAUCGUCAAUCUCCUAUAAGUGUUGAGAGCGUCGACAGAUUGUCUCCGCCUAAUGUUGCCCUUGUAGGAAGCUUAGGUUUUGUCAUUGAUCAAGAGAAAGAUGUUCUGUUGCAAACUUCCCAUAAUGACACAGACCAGAUGCUGUCUGGUGUUUCUGAUGUGGAUUGUAUUGAAGAAACCCAGAAACAACCUGACACGCCCCCUGCAGUCGAUGCCUCAUCUUGUUUCCUUGUGUCCGAAAGUACUAGCCAAAGAAACAUUUCUUCGAGUGGAAGUAGCGACACAUCUGUGACUCCAACCCCCAACUCGGAUAUGACGUCAGAGCUCAGUGACGAUGUGGCCAACAGUGACAGUUUCAGUAACGCCGAGUUGACGCCACAGAGACGAAGCCCGACCAGUUCCAACUCCGAUAGUGACCAAUCGAACAAGACUGCAGUGUUGAGGUCUACUUCAGACGUGUCUGCACUGACGUCAGAUGAGCGAGAGAGAAGGCGACGAGACAGAAAGGACAGGCCGUACAAAAGUGAUCCUUUCUCGGGGACUCACCAACUUCCUCAUCAUCAUUUAAGUCCAGACACAGGUCCGUACAAAUCUCCGUCUGUGUCCACAUCUUGCAGUUUCCCUAGUCUCGAGGAAUUGGGAGAGUACUCUGAUUCUGUG